UACAAUGGCUGUAAGGUACUGUGUGAAAUGGUUUUAAGAACAAAUAUGGCGUAUGAAUAAUAAUUGUUUUUGGUUUGUGAUGAAUAAAAUCUGGUAUUGUUCUGUGUUUUGAAUAAUAUGGAACUAAGCUUGUCUAACACUUUGUUAGCUGGUGAUCCACGUUUGAUUGAUCAUAUAGUGGGUGAAGUUAAAUCUCAAGGCAUCUUCGAUCAAUUUCGCAAAGAAUGUAUUGCUGAUGUGGAUACGAAGCCAGCAUAUCAAAAUUUAAGGACAAGAGUUGAAGGUUCUGUAAAUUCAUUUCUUAGUAAACAAACAUGGAAGCCAGAUUUAAACAAGAAUCAGUUCAGAGAAACUUUGCGCAAGCAUAUACACGAUGCGCCAUAUUUGGAUGCUGGUGUAGAACGGAUAGUGGAUCAAGUAGUGAAUCCCAAGGUUUAUUCAGUUUUUAUGCCACAAAUAGAAGAUGUAGUUUAUAAGUUUUUAGGUAUAGAAAGACCAAAAGUAAAGGAGAAAAAUGGUGCUUGCGGUCUUAAAGAUUUAUUACCUAAAGAUUUGGAUCCAGUCUCACCAGAAUCAGAUAAGAAUAGCUUAAAAGAUUUAUCUCUUGAAUCUUUGGACACAAGUGAAAACUUAAAUGAAAAGGAAGAUGACAAAAUAUUCAACGAGCAUAAGUUACAAGAUCAGGUGCUGUAUACUGAUAAAGAUAAUACUGAUUCUGAAAAUGGUCAUGUAUCCUCUGAAGAGAAAAUAUUCAAUGAAGCUUGUAAGAUUCUUAGUGUGGCUAGUAAUAUAAAUUUAAACAUAUCUGGUAAGUCAGAUGAUAAAAUAGAUGAAGAAGAAGAAGACAGUCCUACUUUCGAGCCAAUUGACAUUAUGAACCUAAAUGAAUCAAAUAUGUCCAAUGAUUCGCAUUUGUCAGGAAUAUCAGAGUUAACAAGUCACAGAUCCAAAACUCCAGACUUUUCAAAUGAAUUGUCACAAGAUAAUUUUGACUGUAGUAAUCAGGAUUCUCAGCUCAGCAAAGUCUCAUCAGAUUCUCGGGUGUCAAUUGUAACAGAUUUUGGUUCUUCUAAUCAUGGUUCAGCACCAAUAUUUGACACAUCAAAAGUUGACGAAACAAUGAGGGAUAAGUACGAUGCAAAAAAUAACAAAGAUGAAUUUAGAGCAAUUAAAGAAUUUGAUUCAUCUAGGAACAAAAUAGCUAAGAAUAAUUUUGAAUUCAUUAAAUGUAAAGACACUCAAGGAUGUAAAGAUUUAAAAGAUAUCAAAAGUACUAAAAGUACAUCUAGAGAAAAUUCUCAUGAUGUUACAGACAGUAGUGUUAAAGAUAAGUGUGAAUAUAAAAGUUUGAAAGAAAAGAUCAAGGACAGUGAAUCUAUUAAGUUUAAGAGCACAAAAGAAAAGAUCAGCAGUAAGGAUGCAAAGCAUCCUAAAGAUAAAAGUAACGAGAAGAAAAAAACUAGUAGUAAUAGUAAUAUAAAGUAUGAUAAACAUAACAAAAGUAAAAUUAAAGAAAAAAAUUAUCAAAUGAAAGAUAAUUUUGAGAAAGCUAAAGAUAAUUCGGAAAAUGUAAAAGAGAACGCUAAUAAAUUGAAAGAUGAAAAGCUCAAAGAAACAGAUAAGAAGGAUAAUAUUAACAAAGAAGCUAAAGAUUUGAAGGAUCUUUAUAAAGAGAAAAUUAGAGAACUUAGAGAGAAGAAAGAAUUAACAGAGAAAGAGAAGUUAAAUAAGGAUAAACUUAAUAAGGAAACUAAAGAUAGAAAGGAUUCUUCGAAAGACAGGAAGUCCAGCAGAAAAGAGCACAAACACUCUUCAUCGUCAUCGUCGAAAAACCUAUCUGUGGAUUAUCAUGAAAAUAAAAAUAGGACGUUAGCAGAGAAAAUGGUAAAUAGCAAGGAUAAAAGGAUUGACAUAAAGGAUAAAGUGAGGCGAGAGGAGAAACGAUUGUCGAAAGAUAGCAAAAGUAAAACUCAUUUCAGUAAUAAGAUAGAUCUAUCGGAUAAGUUUGAGAAAUAUGAUCUGAAGAAAACUUCUAGAAGCGAGAAGGAAGAUAAGACCAUAAAAACAGAUGUGAAAAAAGAUGUUAAAGUGAGUGGCGACAAAAUAGAUGGUAAGAAGAACACAAAGAAUUAUUUUCAAAGUAAAACUUCAGAUCGGAAUGAUAAGUUAGAUAACAAAAAAGACUCAAAAAACGAUAGCCAGCCUAAGGAUAAGAAACGUAGAGAAGAAAAAAAACCUAAAAUGAAGGAUGAUCAUCCUAGUUUGCGGAAAAAUUCGAAUGAUCGGCGUUCUACCGACAGAGAUGGAUCAAAUGGUUCAAAUAGCAAAACUUCGCAAUCCAACAAUUCAUAUUCAAAUGUAACGAGCCAGAAAUCAGGCUCGUCGAGUUUAACGAAGGAAAAUCAGGUCGACAACUCUAACAGUGAAACAUCCGAUAACAUCGAGGAAAUGCAAGUGAAUGACAUGAAAUUGUCUCAUCAUUCAAACUAUAAAUUGUCUCACAAAAGCGGUUUACAAUCGAUGAGUGACAAAAGUCACUUGAAGAUCGAAACCGAUGAUCACGAAGAAGUGUACGAUACACAGGAAGAAGUAGAUUUGCAUCAGACGAGUUUUCCAUCGAAAAAAAGACAUAUGUACAGUGAUGAUGAUGACAAGUCAACCUCCAAUGAUAUAAUUAAAAAACCAAAGUUCGCGAAAAAUAUACAUGAAGCUAAGAAGUUAAUGAAAAUCAGAAAGCAAAUGGAAAAGCAGAAAACCAAAGAAAAUAAAACGGAGAAAAAAAUAGCGCAAGAAAUGGAACAAACUGGUCAGUCACAUACAAUAAGAGAUGAUGCUGACAAUCUUGCAGGCAUGCCGGACGAUGAACGUGUUCAAAUUAUUGAAAUUCCUGACGAGGAAUAUGACGAGCCUUAUCCCGAAAAAGAAUUUAAUUUAAUGUUGGAUGAAAGAUCAAUAAUAAUGUUAGGAGAUGAACCAUGUGCGAACGAUUUUCUUAACAGUCACUAUAAUAAAAAAGCAACAUUGUCCAAUAUGGAGUUGUGUAUAAGAGAAUCCUUAAGUGAGAUUGUAUCGAAUAUUUCCCUAGGAACAAUAGUUACGCAGUCGAAUGAUUUAUAUCGACCGACUUCUACUUUUUCAUCUGCUGUUUCGACGACAUAUACCAAAGACACGGAAAAUUUGCUGGUAUUUAAAGAGGAACUUAAGGAUGACUUCAAGGUAUAUACAAAUGAUAAGAUACAGUCAAAAAGUGCAAUUACAUGGAUAGAAAAAUCUUCCGAUAGUCCACAAAUAAGAGAAACUUCUAUUUCACCGAGUCGGGAGAAAGUUACAUUUUUGAAAGAAUCAGAAUUUGCAAAUAAAAACGCAAGACGAUUAAUAGAAGAGAAUACGGAAGUAUGGGAUUAUCAUCGGAAAAAAAUACGAUAUGAUUAUGAAGAGGUAGUUCUUAAUGAUUGUAAAACAGAGAUACAAGAUAAUGAAGAAGCAAAAUCGCAAAGUAAAAAGCAAGUAGAAACAUUUACACAAUCAAAAAUUAAUACAGAUUUACGUAGCGAUUGUACAGGAGCUACGUCUUUCGUUAGUGAAGACAACGAGGAUUGCCUUUAUUUUAAGACCGAUAAUGAAAAAUCUGAGAAAUUUUCGAAUUUCUUAGAAUCUCUAGAACUGGUGGAAAGUUCGUCUUUGGAAGAUAUAAUAGAAAGUUUAGGCGGAAAAGUUGUUUCCUCGGUACCAAAAUCCAUAGCUUCUACAUUUCCCAAACCCAAACGUUCGUCCAGUCCCUUAUUAGAUAUAUUAGUGAAUAAUUCAAAUAAUAAUAAUAAUGGCCACAAACAGACACUGUCUUCAUCUGCCAAUGAAGAUGUGCAUAACGUUAAGAAGAGAAAAUUAUUCAUGGCUAAGAAGUCAAGACUUCCGAGUUUUUGUAAUACGCAAGGAAUUUCAAAUGGUGAAAAUUUCGUCAUGCCUCUGAGUCCAGACAGUGAUGUAUCCGCAACGAGCGAGAAAACGGUGUCAUCUAAUGCAAUAAAAGAGGAAAAGAGCCGAAAUAGGAGCAGUCAACGAUACUCGAGUGAUGACUUGUAUAAACCACGCCCAUUAUUUUCAAGUUCUUCUCGUCGAAGCAGACGAUCUAAUCAAGUAUAGCUAGUGCUACAUGGAUUCAGAUGUUGAAUAAAUUUAUACAUUGUACAAUUUUAAAAUAUACUUUCCUGUCUUGCUGCGUAAUAUUAGCAUAAAUAAGCAUGUGUUGACUUAUUAUAUAUGUAAUGUUUGUACUAAUGUUAUAUAAAGUACUAAUUUAUCAUGGAAUUAUAACAAUAAGUAUACAUCAAAUUUUAUGUUUAAA